AUGCAGAUUUCCAUCGCAGUAGACGAGACUGGAGUCGUGUUUUCGCUGGAAGUCAGCAACAGCACGUCUUUGGAGGAUUUGCGGGCGCUGAUUGAGGCGGAGUCGCAGAUUCCGGUCAGCGAGCAGCGUCUGCUUCUCGACAUGAAGCCAGUCAGCGCUUCUGCUGCAACCGUCGCGGCCGCAGGCAUUCCCGACGGCAGCAUGCUGCUCGUUCUCCGGCGGGCGUCCAGCUCUGCGGCGUCCACCGGCGCCGGCCCGGUCGCCGCCGGCCCGGUCGCCGCCGGCUCGGUCGCCGCCGGCUCGGGCUCCACGGGCGCGGUCGUGCCUCCUGUCUCCGCGCCGAGCAGCCGAAGAGACCGGGCCGGCGCAGGCGGAAGAGCGGCGAAUCUUCAAUCCUUGUUCGAUUUUUCGAACAUCGUGGUGAAGGACGGGCGGGCGACGACCAACGCGCGGCCUCGAGAGGCUGCGGGCGCGACUUCGUCGUCUCGCGCCGUGUCUCGCCGCACAGAGGCGCAGCCGGCGCAGGCCGCGGCCGGCGCGCCGUCCUCCGGAGAGACAGGAGACAGAGACAGGCCGCCGAUGUCCGACGAGGAGUACCUACGCCAGCAGGCGCAGACGCUGAUCAACGUGUGCAGCGCCCAGGAGGCGACGCUUGGCGUCCUCGCGCUGGAGAAUCCGCCGCUGGGGGCGUGCCUCCGCGAGGCCGUGAAGGAGGCGAAGGAAGGCCUCGGCGGGAAGGAAAAAUUCGACAAACUGGUUGAGCACCUGAAGAAGCAACUGGAGGAAAGGCGAAAGGCGGAAGAGGCGCGGCUUCAGCAGCUGAACUCCGCGCUGAGCGAUCCGCUCUCUGCAUCCGUGCAAGAAUUCAUGAUGGAGCAGAUCCGCGAGAAGCAGGUGGAGGAUAAUUACUUGCUUGCGCAGGAGCAUCUGCCCGAGGCGUUUGGCUCGGUGUACAUGCUGUUCAUCGACAUCGAAGUGAACGGCGUUCCCAUCAAAGCCUUCGUGGACAGCGGCGCGCAGAGCACCUUCAUGUCGUAUGCGUGCGCAGAAAAGUGCAGUCUGCUGCGCCUCAUGGACACCCGCUACAGAGGCGUCGCGCAGGGCGUCGGCAAGACUGAAAUCGUCGGGAAGAUCCACCUCGCCACACUUAAGCUUGGCCAGCGUUUCUUCCCCUCGAGCUUCACCGUGCUUCAGGACAACAAAGUCGAGUUCCUCUUCGGCCUCGAUCUCCUGAGGCGCUACCAGUGCUGCAUCGACCUCAAGAAGAACGUGCUGCGCAUCGACGAUGACGAAGUCCCCUUCUUGAGCGAGAAAGACAUCACCAAAGGCAUGUUCGGCCGUGCAGACACGCCGACGAAUCUGGGGUCGCCGACCGCCGGAGAGAGUGGCGAGGAGAGGAAGGAGGGAGACGCUGCGGCGCCCGCGCCUUCGCAGGCCCCGGCUCGUCAGAGCAGCACGACGUCUCUGGCGCCGGAGGACGAAGCGAAAGUUCAACAGUUAGUUGACCUCGGCUUCCUCCGCACCGACGCCGUCGACGCACUCGCGCAGGCUGGCGGCAACGUCGAGGCUGCUGCCGCCUUCCUCUUCCACCAGCAGCAGGCUGUUCAAGGAAGUCUGUCCUAG